AUGUCUUUCGGCUUUAGCGUCGGAGAUAUUAUUCUGGUUAGCCAGCUAGCAUACAAGCUCUAUUGCAACUUGACGACCGGUAGACGCUCCGCAGCCAAAGAUCUCAAAGAGCUCGAAGAUGUGCUUUUCGGUCUUCGCUGCGCGCUGGACCACCUCAGCAAAGCCGCAGAAAGCAUAUUGUCGACGGCCCCGGAUAGCCAAGAUGCCAACGCAGUCGAGGUUCGGCACAAAUUGGACGCCAUGGUUAACUCUUGUGGUGCUACCCUCUUAGAAUUGGACUCCGUAACCAAGAAGUAUAGAGAAGCCGCCGAGUCGGCCCAAAAUGAUGUCUUAGGUGAUGAUGCUGAAGGCGUAUCUGCUGUUGCCGUGUCGACACGUCCUAUCAAAAAGCGUUCACUGGCCCAGUUCAAGGAGAAUGUUCGUGUGAAUUGGAUGAAGAUCCGCUGGGAUGUUGAACGAAAGUCCCUUAGUGAGUUUCGAGCGAAGCUGCAAUCACAUACUGAUGCCAUCACCAUCAUCCUGAACACACUUCUAUGGUCCGCAACCCACCGAAUUGAAGUCGACGGCAAGGUCAACGCCGAAAAGGUGCACAAGCUCCAAGAUCAUGCACUGCAGUCCAACACAACUCUUCUACAGCUAGUACAGGAAAUUCGCACCUUGCUUCUUCCCCGGGGAGAUGCCCCUUCACCGCCAGCGCCUGAGGCACCUGCUUCAAUGCCCUCAACACAACAACCAGAAACUAUGCAUAAUCGCCGGUUCACCCUAGCAAUGACCGGCGGUCGGAGGCCACAUCACCGCUUUUCCCACUCGAUAAGUCCUCAUUACAACUCUUUCGCUCUAAUGGCAACAAGCCCAACUCCAGACACCUGCAUUCCCGAUAUCUCGGCAUCAUUCGGACCACUACCAAUACCACUGAAUGACUCCACAACUGACCGCGCUGCUGAUACACAUCGCGUUCUCACUCGCAAGCCACCACUUGAGCUCCCAGCUGCAAUAGCCGAACUGAAUAUCAAGCGCCAAUCAUCCGGCUCGAAGGUAUUUAAUGAAUACCUUCAAAAGCACCUCCUGCCAAGUCCUCCAAGCAAACCCCAAUUCCUCACUCUUGAAGUACCCACCCUGCUUCAACUGCGUGAUGGUCUCAAUUAUAUUUUCCACCCACUUCCCGGAACCACAGCCCGCCAAGCAACUCUCGAUCGCGACGAGCGAAAGAAGGAGGUCCUUCGCUGGACUCACGGACUGGAACACCUUCUCGACUGCUGGAUCGCCGAACCGAUAUCCGUCCCUCUGGAUGCAAAAGGAGAAAAACAGGCUAAAGUGAACGAAAUUGUCGAACUUUUGGUAGAUAUGAACGGGUCGAUCGAGAGAUGCGACUCUAAGACGAGGAGACUAUUCUAUCAAAGCACGGAGCAGGCGGAAAUCGAUGGAGUCCUGCAGAAGCUGCAGACGGUGACGAAGUCAGUGAGGGUGAUGAAAGAAGUGGAGGAGUUCGAGGAUGUAAGGGACGAAUGGAAGGAUAGUCAGAAUGGUGGCUAA